CCACAAGUACAUGAUCGGAUAAACCACGGAGGUUAGACGAUAGGGAGUGGAGAGUUUUAAGACCCAUGUCCCUUUUAAUGCUUAUCGAAUGGUUCCAAGACCACAUGCAGCUUCUACAGCUUCUACAGCUUCCAAGAGCCUAAGUUGCGUCAGCCUCAGAUUGAAUCUUUUGGCUUUAACUCCACAGAGUUUGCUGCUUGUGGGAGUUGCGAUUGCGAUUGCGAGGACGUCGACGUUGACGUUGUACGAGUCAGAUAUCAAAUUUUUGAACAUUUGGCAUAUUAAACGUACUGGGUCCCUAAUUCAACCACAUACGCGACAUUCCUUCUCUAUAUUAUACUAUACCUCCUGAAGACCGGGUGGGUGGGAUGCGCUGUACUUGAGAGUAGCUGUCACUUGAGUCUAAAGCUUCAUCCCAACUCCUGAUUCACCUGUCCAAACCCGUGAGAACAAAGCAUUCAUCAGUAGCAGAGGACGAAUAGCAAACAGCAAACGGCGAACACAGUGACUCAUUCACUAUGGCUACGAUCCGUAGUCUUGAUCAUUCAAAAUCCGAAGCGGAGCUCGCCAUCAACAUUAGAAAAGCUACAAGCCCGGAAGAAACAGCGCCGAAACGAAAGCAUGUACGAAGCGCCAUCGUAUACACAUGGGACCACAAGUCCUCCCAGUCCUUCUGGGCUGGUAUGAAAGUGCAGCCUAUUCUUGCCGACGAAGUGCAAACGUUCAAGGCCCUGAUCACCAUCCACAGAGUCUUGCAGGAAGGGCACCCUCAGACGUUGAGGGAGGCUAUGGCAAAUCGACCUUGGAUCGAUAGUCUUAAUAGAGGUCUAGCCGGCGAGGGUGUUCGAGGAUAUGGACCCCUGAUUCGAGAAUACGUCUACUUCCUCCUAGCAAAACUAUCGUUCCACCAACAGCACCCCGAGUUCAACGGCACGUUCGAAUAUGAGGAAUAUGUCAGCUUGAAGGCGAUUAAUGAUCCCAAUGAGGGCUACGAGACUAUUACCGACCUUAUGUCGCUCCAGGACAAGAUCGAGCAGUUUCAGAAGCUGAUCUUUUCACAUUUCCGAAAUGUUGGCAACAAUGAGUGUAGAAUUUCCGCUAUUGUCCCUCUGGUGCAAGAAAGCUAUGGAAUCUACAAAUUCAUCACAAGCAUGCUAAGAGCUAUGCAUUCAACAACGGGCGAUAACGACGCAUUGGAACCCCUGAGGCAGCGUUACGAUGCGCAGCACUACCGAUUAGUCAAGUUCUAUUACGAAUGCUCGAACUUGCGUUACUUGACCAGUUUAAUUACGAUCCCGAAACUACCACAAGAUCCACCCAACUUGCUAGCAGAAGACGAAAAUGCCCCUGCAUUACCAGCCCGCCCAAAGCAAGAGAUCGAGCGCCAACCGACCCCUGUACGCCAGCCGAAGUCCGAGGAACCCGAUGAGAUUGCCGAGUUCUGGCAGGGUGAGAUUGAUCGGCAAAAUAAGGAGUAUGAGGAACAGCAAAGGGUAUUGCAAGAGCGUCAAGCAGCGGCCCUCCGCGCUCAGCAAGAAGCGCAAAUGCAAGCUCAGCGAGAUUUUGAGGAGCAGCAAAGGCUUCUAGCAGAGCAACAACGUAGGGAACAAGAAGCACUAAUGGCUCAACAAGCCCAAUGGCAAACACAAGGGAGGCUGGCCGAACUUGAGCAAGAAAAUCUAAAUGCGCGGGCGCAAUACGAGCGUGAUCAACUAAUGCUGCAACAAUAUGACCAACGAGUGAAGGCACUUGAGGGAGAGCUAGCCCAAAUCCAGAACAACUUUGGUCAACAAGUUAACAGCAAGGAUGACCAAAUCCGCGCCCUACAAGAGCAAGUCAACACAUGGCGAACCAAGUACGAGGCCUUAGCAAAGCUAUACUCGCAGCUACGCCACGAGCAUCUCGAUUUACUUCAGAAAUUCAAGACGGUCCAACUAAAAGCGGCGUCGGCCCAAGAAGCUAUCGAGAAGCGCGAGAAGCUAGAGCGUGAAAUCAAGACGAAGAACUUAGAAUUGGCAGAUAUGAUUCGGGAGCGAGACCGAGCACUUCACGACAAGGAUAGGUUGAGCGGCAGUAACAGGGAUGAGGUCGAAAAGCUGAAGCGAGAACUUCGUAUGGCAAAUGACAGAGCCGACAACCUCGAGCGAAGCAAAGGCAACGAGCUGUCCACUAUGCUCUCCAAGUAUAACAGGGAGAUGGCAGACUUGGAAGAAGCUCUGCGAACCAAGUCGCGCGCUCUGGAAGAAGCACAGGCUAAGCUACAAGACGGUAGCUCAGACCUCGAGCAAUUACUUCGCGAGAAGGAGGAAGAACUUGAGGUUUACAAGGCUGGCAUGGACCAGACUCUAAUUGAGUUGAACGAGCUUAAGCUCAACCAAGGCGACACAGACAAUGCCCUGGACGGCCAGAUCGAUGCUCUAAUAAUGGCGAACCUUGACAAGAUCAACGACAUUAUCGACUCGGUACUGCAAGCAGGUGUAGUCCGAGUAGACGACGCGCUCUACGAAUUAGACUCGACGAUGCAGGCUGGUAACCAGAAUGCUUCGCCAACAUAUAUGCUGUCCCAGGUCGAAAAGGCUGUGGCGAGCGCCUCAGAAUUUGCUACCACUUUCAGCAACUUCAUCGCCGAUGGUCCUAAUGCUACUCAUGCAGAGUUAAUCAAGGCGACCAACGUCUUUGCAGGGGCUAUAGCAGAUGUAUGCAGCAAUACAAAGGGUCUGAAUCGUCUUGCUUCCGACGAAAAGAAGUCGGAUCAGCUUCUCAAUGGCGCUCGCGCUGCCGCCCAGUCUACUGUCAAACAUCUCCGUAGCCUUCAAAGCUUCAGGCUAGAAGGCAUGGAUCCUCUACAAAAGACUGACGUUCUUGUGAACGGUAGCAGCGAUGUUCGUCUAAAUCUGCAGAGGUUGACUACCCUAGUUGAGACCUUUGCUCCCUCUGGUCGACUAGCGAACAAUAAGGGCGAUCUAGGCGACCUUGUCGACUCCGAACUAAGCAAGGCGGCCGAUGCCAUUGCGGCAGCGGCCGCUCGCCUUGCUAAACUCAAGAACAAACCCCGCGACGGAUACUCGACCUACGAACUCAAGGUUCACGACUCAUUACUCGAUGCUGCGACAGCGGUUACCAAUGCUAUUGCUCAGUUGAUCAAGGCAGCUACCGUUACACAGCAAGAGAUCGUCCAGGCAGGUCGGGGAAGUUCCUCGAGGACGGCUUUCUACAAGAAGAACAACCGAUGGACGGAGGGUCUCAUCUCAGCCGCAAAGGCUGUGGCCACGUCGACCAACACACUCAUCGAGACAGCAGACGGUGUGCUAUCUGGUCGCAACAGCCCCGAGCAACUUAUUGUCGCUUCGAACGACGUAGCCGCCUCGACAGCUCAGCUUGUGGCCGCCAGCCGUGUCAAGGCCGGCUUCAUGAGCAAGAGCCAGGAGAGCCUCGAGCAGGCCAGCAAGGCGGUAGGCGCGGCUUGCAGAGCGCUUGUGCGACAGGUGCAAGCCAUGAUCAAAGACCGAAACCAAGACGACGAGGGGGUCGAUUACGCCAAGCUCAACCCGCACGAGUUCAAGGUUCGGGAGAUGGAGCAACAAGUCGAGAUUCUACAGCUCGAAAACGCGCUGGCUUCCGCGCGACACCGGUUAGGCGAGAUGCGCAAGAUCUCGUACCAGGAGGACUAGAGAAAGCACGAGAGCAGGAGCAGACUGAAGGGAGGAGGGGAGGAGAGGUUAUACCCCUGUCAGUUAGUUGUUAGUUGCCAAGUCGUUGGCCAGAUUAUCUUUGCUGUGUUUGGCGAAUGAUUUUUUAUCUUCUUUUUCGUCUUGGAAGCAGGCUGGUUGAAUGUAGUGAACAGACAAGCAAGUAACCUAGUAGCAUAUUCGAAAGAUGGCAGAUCGAUUGUGGACUUUGUACAAAAUUGCUACCCCCUAAGGCAGGCAGGCUGGUGGGCUGCGAUCUAAAUUAGCUUAACCUUAGGUAGGUAAUUUGAUCACCGGCGGUUGAGUUUUAACUGUGAGCUUUGAAGAUUUAGUUUGUGUGAGGGGGUGUGACUAGGUUAGGUGAUUAAUGGUGGUGUGUAUGUUGUUUUUGUUAAUGAGGGGGGGAUGAUAUUAGAGUGGAGAGUGGGUGUAGAAGUAGGAGUAGUCACGAGAGGAGUAUAAUAAUAUUGUCGAAAAAUAUAUCGUAAAAUGCUGGGUGGUAAAUAUACUGGGGUUGUAUAUUGAUACCA